ACAAAGACUUUUUCAGACGUCAAGAAACAUGAAAGUUCGUGAACAGAGAGAGAGAAGAGCUGAGAAGAGACAAAAAGUGGAGAAGUCAAACGCACUUACGUUAACAUAAUUAUGAUCGUCCAGGUAUCACGCGGUUUCGGGUUUUCAAUAUUCCUUCAUUCACAAAAACAGCUGUAUUUAUUUUUCUAUUUUAUUUUAGCGUCAGCCAUUAAAGUAUACUGUUUGUAUUAUUCUAUUAUUCAGAGGGACAGAAUCCAUAAAAGCCUUUAGAUCUACCAUUAAAAGAAACAGGUCUCGGUUCAGUGACUCCUGCAAACCGUCCACCUCCAUGUGGAUUGUACAAAAAGUUCGAUAAAGAAAAGAAGAUAUUAGACUUUGGUUCUAGAUUCAACUAAUCUCUGUUCCUAUUUCUUCUGUGUUCUUCUCUGAAGCUUCCAUAGUGUAGGACUUAUGUUUUUUUUUCUCCAACUUAGGGAAGUGCAUUAAAUUCUCAUCUCUCUAGGCACUGAUAUUGAUAAGUUAUUUACUUUAAAUGGAUAAUUCCAUGAACAAGAGAGGACAUGGACACAAUCAAGAGUAUGCAGAUACCUUGCCAGAAUCAAAGAGACAGAAGCUUCCUGCUUUGGCAAGUGUCAUCAUGGAAGCUGUCAAGGUAGAUAGUCUGCAGAGGCUAUGCUCGACUUUGGAACCAUUAUUUCGAAGAAUUGUCAGUGAAGAGGUGGAACGUGCAUUGUCAAGGUUGGAGAACUCGAAAUCUACUUCAAGAUCUCCAGAACCGAAGAAGAUUCAAGGCCUCGAUGGAAAAAACCUGCAACUUCGGUUCAGAACAAGAAUGCCUCAUCACUUAUUCACAGGUGGGAAGGUCGAGGGAGAGCAAAGCUCAGCCAUUCACGUGGUUCUUAUAGAUGCAAACACCGGAAAUAUAAUCCAAACGGGAGAAGAAUCAAUGGCAAAGCUGAUUAUUGUCGUGUUAGAUGGAGACUUCAAUGAUGAAGACGACAAAGAUUGGACGAGAGAACAUUUUGAGAGAUUUGAAGUGAAAGAACGCGAAGGAAAACGUCCCAUCUUGACUGGUGACAGACAUGUGAUACUUAAAGAAGGUGUUGGAACUCUUGGAAAACUUACUUUCACUGAUAAUUCGAGUUGGAUUAGGAGCAGAAAGUUUAGACUUGGUGUUAAGGCUGCAUCGGGGUUUCACUUUCGUGAAGCUAAAACAGAGCCAUUUGCAGUUAAAGAUCACAGAGGAGAACUAUACAAGAAACAUUAUCCACCGGCUUUACAUGAUGAAGUCUGGAGAUUGGAUAAAAUAGCAAAAGAUGGAGCACUACACAAGAAGCUACUAAAAUCUAACAUCGUGACUGUUGAAGACUUCCUGCGGAUACUCAUGAAGGAUCCACAGAAACUAAGAAGCUUACUUGGGAGUGGAAUGUCAAAUAAAAUGUGGGAUAACACGGUGGAGCACGCAAAGACCUGUGUCUUGGAUGGGAAACUUUACGUCUAUUACACAGAGCAAACACAUGCAACAGGCGUUAUCUUUAAUCAUAUAUAUGAAUUCCGAGGCCUAAUUGCUAAUGGCCACUUCUUAUCUCUGGACUCUCUUAACCAUGACCAAAAGAUUUCUGCAGACAUUUUGGUGAAGACGGCUUACGAGAACUGGCAUAAAGCGGUUGAGUAUGACGGUAAGCUGUUGAAUUGCUUACCAGCUGUUGCUAAGAAGGAAAUGAAAAGCUUGCCUCAGAACCAUCAAACGCAGCAAAAGACUCUGCAGUGUGAACAGAGUGCGAAUGGCUACUCAUCGGUUCCUCAGCAUCUGAUAGAGUCUCCUUUUGUGCGACAACCUAACAGCACUCAGUUACGAGACUACACAUCGAUGGAGAGUUCUUCUGUUUCAGGCUCAUACAGUGGAGGCCUUGAAGAUAUUUUCACGGAGGAAAUUCGAGGGAGGAGUUCUGAGAUGCUUGAGACCGUUGAUAUGCAGAGUUUGCUGAAGACAUUUGGGAUAUCAGGCGGGUUUGGUCAUAACAAUGAGUCCUGUUACGGUUUCAGUGAUCAGUAUAAAGCUCAGAUAGAUAAGGAUUAUGGGAGAGAAGGAGGUAGAGGCUCAGGGAAAGCUGUAGUUGGAUGGCUUAAGCUUAAAGCUGCUCUGAGAUGGGGUAUUUUUAUACGCAAGAAAGCUGCAGAGAGGAGGCCUCAAAUUGUGGAGAUCGAUUAAGAAAGUAGUAUUAAAAUUCGGAGAGCUUUUAAUUACUUUUGUACAAACUUGAAGCAAUUACUCUUGUCUCAGUUCAAUCCCAGUCUACAGUAGGGACUUUGCAUGUAUUUGUUUGCCUUGUUUUUUUAUGAUUACUGUAUGUUGAUUUUGUUUUCACAUUAAAUUGCUUUAUUUUAUUUAGCUUGGUACAAACAAAUUUCUACGUGUACAUCGUUUAUAUGUUCUAUUU